AUGGACGAAGAGAAGUCUAGAACAGGUACAGAAUAUAGAUUAUCCGUAAGUAGCAAUCCUGGGUCGAGGAGGUCUUCUUUUGGUAGCAAUAAUGAUGGAACAAGUUAUAAUGACGAUAUGACAGCUGCUGUGAAUGAAACUGAACAAAACGUACUACAAGAAUAUUUGGUGCCACAGAUAAGAGAACUUAGUGAUUCAAUGAUUACAUUAGAUGACAAUUUCAUAAGGUUGAAUGAGAUACAUAACAGUUUAGUAAAUUUAAACGAAUCGUUUGGAUCAUUGAUAUACGGGAUGAUGUGUAUCUCUGCGUGUAUAGAUUUCCCUGGUAUACCUUAUAAUGUAGAGAAAGAGCUAAGAUCAAUGAAGAGACUGCAAGCAUUGAAAAUUGAACGAGAAUCACUUACGAAGGAAUUAGAAGAGUUGAAAAAACCUAACAAGCAAGCCGUGAAUGAUAGCAAAUUCGUAGUUCCACACUUUCCCCCAACUCAAUUGAAUAAAAGGCUUGAAAAGAACGGUCCAAGAAGUGUUUCUGAAAACAGAAACAGACAUUUUGCCCAACCAAAAUCUAAUAAAGAUCAAACGGGCGGUGACGAUGACGAUACUAACAGUGAAGCCUCAUUCGUCAUGAAUCCACUUGUGAAACCUCCACCAAAUUACAGAGAUAGUAAUCAUGAGAUAAGAAAUGAGGACAAACGCGAUAAUACAAGCAGGCUAAGAAGAAAAUCUAUACUACACACAAUACGGAACAGCCUUUCUGCCGAACAUACCAGCUCAACAAAUAUAUUUUCUACAGAAGAGAGAAGAGAGAAGCCAACUUCAAGUGCCACCAGAAUUCCAUCUCCUAAAAAGAGAAAGAAUCCAUUAUUUCAGGCCAAUUCUCGAAAUAUUGCUUCUGCAAAUAUGAAUAGAGUAAAUAAGAGAAAAACUGAACGAAAGCCUGUGCCCAUGGAUAAGAGACCCCCAUUCAGGUGA